AUGGGCAAAAGACAUGAUCAUCAAAUACUACUUGUAGUGGCGCUGCGGUUACUCCUGCUGCUCAUAUUUCUGGUCGGCCAUACUCAGAGCUCAAGAACAUUGCAGAGUCAAGUUUUCAAGGUAAUGAAGCCCAACUCUGAUCACAAUCCACAUGAGGGUAGCUUUUUUGCAUUCUUACCAAAAGCUUCGCCAAUCCCUCCAUCUGGACCUUCCAAGGAGCACAAUGGUGUUGGGUUACAAAGCUCAUCACAGCUCUCACCUUGA